UUAGACGUCUAGUUCUGACUAAGAUGGAGUAAGCCCACUACAGUCCAUUACUCUUGCUGAUUACAGCUAAAAUCUCUGGAUGUAACUUAAAAAGCUACUAUCUGAGGACUCUAAAAAGUAAACAAAAGGAGUAGAUUGGAAAGGCGAGUCAUAAUUUGCAGAAGUGACCAGUAUAUGGAUGAAUCUACGUUCUGUAUUUACUGUAGAACAACAAAGGAUUUUACAGCGUUAUUAUGAAAAUGGAAUGACAAAUCAAAGUAAAAAUUGCUUUCAGCUCAUAUUACAGUGUGCGCAGGAGACUAAGCUGGACUUCAGUGUAGUCAGGACGUGGGUUGGCAAUAAGAGAAGAAAAAUGAGUAGUAAGAAUUCUGAAUCAGGAGCAGCAACACCAGGAACUGUUUCCGGUACUUCUUUGGCAGUUCCAGAUGUUACAGUCAGAAAUGUGGUUAAUAUUGCUCGACCCUCAAACCAACAGUCUUCUUGGACAUCUGGCAAUAAUGAUGUCAUUGUAACUGGUAUAUACAGUCCAGCCAGUUCAUCAAGUAGGCAAGGGACAACCAAACAUACAAAUACACAUAUUACAGAAGCACAUAAAAUCCCUAUUCAGAAAACCACCAGUAAAAAUGAUACUGAGUUUCAGUUGCACAUUCCUCUUCAAAGACAAGUAGCACACUGUAAAAAUGCCUCCCUGCUCCUAGGAGAAAAAACAAUUAUUUUGUCGAGACAGACAAGUGUGCUAAAUUCUGGAAACUCAACAUACAAUCCCUCGAAGAAAAACUAUGGAAGCUCUUCAGUGCAAUCUUCUGAAAUGAUGGUACCCCAAAAACCAUCUGUGUGCCACCGACCUUGCAAAAUUGAACCAAUUGGGAUUCAAAGAUCAUAUAAGCCUGAACACACUGGUCUGACUUCACAUAACUCAUAUGGGCAAAAACCAACUAUUAGAGACCCUUACUGUAGGACACAAAACUUAGAAAUCCGUGAAGUAUUUUCAUUGGCAGUUAGUGAUUACCCUCAGAGAAUUCUGGGAGGAAAUACCCCACAGAAGCCUAGCUCAGCCGAAGGAACUUGUUUGUCUAUUGCAAUGGAGACUGGAAAUGCUGAUGAUGAGUAUGCCAGAGAGGAAGAGUUGGCAUCAAUGGGAGCACAGAUACCAAGCUACUCAAGGUUUUAUGAAAGUGGCAGUUCCCUUCGAGUUGAGAACCAAAGUACAACUUUGUCUGGACCAGGAAGAAAUAUGUCAAAUUCACAAAUGGUGAAUAUUAGAGACUUGUCAGACAAUGUACUGUAUCAAAACAGAGACUACCACUUGGCACAACGGACCUCAUUACAUACAGCAUCUAGUACAAUGUACAGUAAUGCAAAUCUAUCACGGAGUAAUUUUUCCCCACAUUUUGCAACAUCAAACCAAUUGAGAUUAUCACAAAACCAAAACAAUUACCAGAUUUCAGGAAACCUUACUGUGCCUUGGAUUACAGGGUGUUCUAGAAAAAGAGCACUACAAGAUCGCACUCAGUUCAGUGACCAAGACUUAGCCACUCUUAAGAAGUACUGGGACAAUGGCAUGACAAGCUUGGGCUCUGUUUGUAGAGAGAAAAUUGAAGCAGUUGCAACUGAAUUGAAUGUUGACUGUGAAAUAGUUCGGACUUGGAUUGGAAAUCGAAGAAGGAAAUAUCGCUUGAUGGGAAUUGAAGUUCCACCUCCAAGAGGAGGCCCUGCUGAUUUCUCUGAGCAGCCUGAGUCUGGAUCUUUGUCUGCACUCACACCAGGAGAGGAAGCUGGGCCUGAUGUUGUAGAGGAUAAUGAUAGAAAUGAUGAAGUAUCUAUCUGUUUAUCUGAAGAAAGCUCUCAAGAAGAGUCCAAUGAAGUUGUUCCAAAUGAGGCAAGAGCUCAUAAGGAGGAGGACCACCAUGCAGUAUCUGGAGAUAAUGUGAAAAUAGAAAUGAUUGAUGAUGAAGAAAGUGACAUGAUAAGUAAUUCUGAAGUGGAACAAGUGAAUUCACUAUUGGAUUAUAAGAAUGAAGAAGUCAGAUUCAUUGAAAAUGAGCUAGAAAUUCAAAAGCAAAAAUACUUUAAACUUCAGACUUUUGUUAGAAGCUUGAUACUAGCUAUGAAAGCUGACGAUAAGGAACAACAGCAGGCACUGCUGUCAGAUUUACCUCCUGAAUUAGAAGAGAUGGAUUUCAAUCAUGCUUCGCCGGAGCCUGAUGAUACCUCAUUCAGUGUGUCUUCUUUAUCAGAAAAAAAUGCCUCAGACAGUUUGUGAUUUGAGGGGGGGAUAUAUGAUGCAGCCUUUUGGCUGCCUAAC